GGUUUCAUGGGUCGAAUCUCGAAUGGGCUUAAGCCUAUAGCCUAUAGGCCCGUCGUCGCCCUCGUGCCCUCCGCUCCCACUUUCUCCUUCCCCGUUCCGCUUCCUCCUCGGCGCCGUCUCGUCGUCCGUCCGCCGCCCGCCGCCCGCGACCCGGCCUACAAGACGAUGAGAGAAAUGGCGGAUCCCCCUCCUCACCGUGGCCCGGCCUACAAGACGAAGCUGUGCGCGCUGUGGCAACGCAGCCACCACUGCCCCCGCGGCGCCUCCUGCGGCUUCGCCCACGGCGGCGCCGAGCUCCGCAAGCCACCCCCUCAUUCCUCCUUCCCGCCGCGCAUCGGACCACCUGGAAGAAGAGAUCAUAGAACUCAUGACUUUAGAGGCAGACCUGAGAGAAGAAACUCACCUCGUGGGAGGUAUUCCCCUGAAAGAGAUACCAGGGGUCAUCUAUUUCAUGGCCAGAACCGGAGACCAAGUUCUCGAGAUAGGGGAUCUAGUCACUCAAGAUCUCCCAUCAAUAAGAGUGAGAGAAGGCAUAAGAAGAAGGUUGAUGGUGAAAAAACUGAUUCAUCAGGAAGUUUCAGCACCUCUGAUAAUGAAGAUAGAAAAAAGGAUGACACACAGUCCAGCGGUGAUGAGAAAGAUCGUAGUGAAGCACAGCUGAAACAAAUUGCACUGGAUUUGAAAUUGAAAGCAUUACGUGAAGAUAAAUCUAAACUACAGGCAACACUGGACAAGAAGAUUGAUGAAACAGGCAUACUUUCCACCAGAGUGGAUGAUCUUGAAGUGCAGUUGAACAAAGAGAAACAAAAUUGUGAAAGGAUGACCUCCAAAAUAAAGAAACUCAUCAAAGCACAUGGGCGUUACAUGAAAGCACAGGAGGAUUUAAAAAGGUCUAAAGGUCGUUUUGAGAGGUUGGCUGAUAUGCUUGCUUCCGAUUCUUUGAAGUCUGGUACCAAGGAACAAGAUUCUAGUGUGAAUGCUGGUAAUGACGACCCGCAGAGUGCUUAUGAAAUGAGUGCAGAUGAUCAGGGUCAGAAGCAUGGUUCGAAAGCUAGAAAAAGGUCUACCGCACUUUCAACAAGCGAAGAAGAAAAAUCUGGGAAGAAAAGGAGAGUGAUUGGGGCUGAUAUGAUCCAUAUGUCAGGGAAAUAUAGACCAGAAGAUGCUCUAGAAUCUUUUAAUGUUAACAAGGGAACUGAUUCACCAAAAGUCUUAUCUCUGAAGAAAUUGCGGGAAGGUGGCAAUAACGACGAAGGAAUUGUCGUUUCUUCUCGCAAUGAUUUUACAGACAGGUACAAUGGCAUUGAGGAGGAUCCUGUGGACUAGUAGGUGUGCUGGUGGUUGGCAGAAUGCAGCAGCAAGGAGUAACUUGAAUGGAGGACAUUGUGGUGCUUCUGAGACCACUGCUUGUUAUAUCAUCUUGAGUUCUUUAUACAUUGGGCAGUAGAUGUUCAGCAUCCUGUAACUCUCUUCUGUAGUAGUAACUUAUGUUAAGAUGGGUCGCAUUAUUGCCAAGCAUAUUAUGUAAAGUUUUCAUCUUAAUAUCCCUGGAUUCUUCAGACUGCUACCUGAGCUUGUAUGGGUCCUGUGACAGGCCUUCCUAGUAUUGUUCGAGAUUUUAGCACCCUUUGUGUUCCGCUGCUGAUAGAUAUUCCAGAGGUUUGUUUGUGCC